AAUGCAGAGGAUGUUGGGAACGUGAACGAGCUGGAUGAGGACAAAUCCCUGGUGCCGGAUGUGCUGCAUCUGAGGGUGCUGAAGGAGUUGGCGGAUGUGAUUGCAGAGCCAUUGGCCACUGUCUUUGAAAACUCAUGGUGAUCGGGGGAAGUCCCGGAUGACUGGAAAAAGGCUAAUGUAGUGCCCAUCUUUAAAAAAGGGAAGGAGGAGGAUCUGGGGAACUACAGGCCAAUCAGCUUCCUCUCAGUCCCUGGAAAAAUCAUGGAGCAGGUCCUCAAGGAAUCAAUUCUGAAGCACUUAGAGGAGAGGAAAGUGAUCAGGAACAGUCAGCAUGGAUUCACCAAGGGAGGAGCUGAGAGAACUCCGGGAACAACCAACCGAUCCUCAAGCCCAGCAAGAAAUAAUUAACAGUAUUGAAGAAGUGUAUUUUUCCAAUGAUUCCUUUGAUAUUGUGAAGUAUGAGUUGGAGAAGCUUCCUCCAGUUCUUAGUCUUCAAGAAAUGGAAGAAUACAGAGACAAAUUAAAGCAACAACAAGCUGCUGUAUCUAAAAAGGUUGCAGACUUGAUUCUUGAAAAGCAGCCUGCAUAUGUUAAGGAACUUGAACGAGUUACAUCUUUACAAACUGGUCUUCAGCUAGCUGCAGUCAUUUGCACAAAUGGAAGGAGGCACCUGAAUAUUGCAAAGGAAGGCUUUACUCAAGCUAGUUUGGGACUUCUUGCAAAUCAAAGAAAACGACAGUUGCUGAUUGGACUGCUAAAGUCUCUGAGAACAAUAAAAACACUGCAAAGAACUGAUGUACGUUUAAGUGAAAUGUUGGAGGAGGAGGACUAUCCAGGAGCUAUUCAGUUGUGCUUGGAAUGCCAGAAAGCAGCCAGUACUUUCAAACACUACAGUUGUAUAAGUGAAUUGAAUUCAAAACUACAGGACACUUUGGAACAAAUAGAGGAACUAUUAGAUGUAGCCCUCUCCAAAAUAUGCAAGAACUUUGAUAUCAAUCAUUAUACCAAGGUGCAGCAGGCUUACAGACUACUUGGAAAGACACAGACAGCGAUGGACCAACUACAUAUGCAUUUCACUCAAGCCAUUCACAACACAGUGUUUCAAGUAGUUCUUGGGUAUGUAGAGCUGUGCGCAGGAAACUCGGACACCAAAUUUCAGAAGCUACAGUACAAGGACCUCUGCACACAUAUUACAUCAGACAGCUACAUUCCAUGUCUUGCUGACCUCUGCAAAGCACUCUGGGAAGUCAUGCUUAGUUAUUAUCGAACGAUGGAAUGGCAUGAGAAACAUGACCGAGAUGAGGGAACUGUUUCAUCUUCUGUUUCAGAUGGCAACAAUGUGAUUGGAGCUGAGGAGACCAAUUUUGACCGUAGCUAUGUACAAAAGAAAUUAGAACAUGGACUUUCACGAAUAUGGCAGGAUGUGCAGCUGAAAGUGAAAACGUAUCUGCUGGGGACAGACAUGUCUAACUUCAAAUAUGAUGACUUUAUCUUUGUACUAGAUAUCAUUAGCAGGCUGAUGCAAGUUGGGGAAGAAUUUUGUGGCAGUAAGUCAGAAGUUUUGCAAGAAUCCAUUAGAAAACAAAGUGUUAACUAUUUCAAGAAUUAUCACAGAACUCGUCUUGAAGAAUUACGAAUGUUCUUGGAGAACGAGACCUGGGAGCUUUGUCCUGUUAAGUCAAGCUUUAGUAUUUUACAGCUUCAUGAGUUUAAAUUCAUGGAGCAGUCACGUUCCCCAUCUGUGUCGCCUAGUAAGCAGCCUGCUUCAGCAAUCUCAACAACCAUAACUUUGUUUGAGCAAUAUUGUACUGAAGGAAAUCCAUUUGAAAUUCAGGUCAACAGCAAAGAUGAUGAGACAGAAGAUGUACUUGCUUCUAAUGGGUAUGAAUCUGAUGAACAGGAGAAGAGUGCCUAUCAAGAGUAUGACAGUGACAGUGAUGUUCCUGAGGAGCUGAAAAGAGAUUAUGUGGAUGAGCAGACAGGAGAUGUCCCUGUAAAAAGUGUUUCUCGAGAAACCCUGAGGAGCAGGAAGCGAUCAGAUUAUAAUCUCAACAAGGUGAAUGCACCCAUCCUAACAAACACUACACUGAAUGUAAUAAGACUCGUUGGGAAAUACAUGCAGAUGAUGAACAUUCUGAAACCAAUUGCAUUUGAUGUGAUUCACUUCAUGUCCCAGCUGUUUGAUUACUAUCUGUAUGCAGUAUAUACGUUUUUUGGCCGAAAUGACACGUUUGAAUCAACAGGACUGGGUCUUAGUAGUAGCAGGCUCCGCACUACACUAAACAGGAUACAGGAGAGCCUGAUUGAUCUGGAGGUCUCUAAUGAUACCACUGGCACCCUCACAGCUGCUGAAGAGAGAAAGGAGAAGGUGCCAAGUCCACACCUCAGUCAUCUGGUAGUUUUAACAUCUGGCAAUACUCUGUAUGGUUUGGCAGAGAGAGUGGUAGCCACGGAAUCCUUGGUGUUUUUGGCUGAGCAGUUUGAGUUCCUUCAGUCGCAUCUUGAUGCUGUGAUGCCCGCAGCCAAGAAACCCUUUCUCCAGCAAUUCUACUCUCAGACUGUGUCAACUGCCAGUGAACUACGCAAACCAAUUUAUUGGAUUGUAGCUGCCAAAGCUAUUGAUUAUGAACAGAUGCUGCUCCUCAUGGCUAAUGUAAAGUGGGAUGUGAAAGAGAUCAUGUCACAACAUAAUAUCUAUGUUGAUGCUCUUUUAAAGGAAUUUGAACAAUUUAACAGAAGGUUGAAUGAGGUGUCUAAAAGAGUCCGUAUUCCAUUGCCAGUGUCAAAUAUUCUUUGGGAGCACUGUAUACGACUAGCCAAUAGAACUAUUGUGGAAGGUUAUGCCAAUGUCAAGAAGUGUAGCAAUGAAGGGCGUGCCCUGAUGCAAUUGGACUUCCAGCAGUUUUUAAUGAAACUAGAAAAGCUAACAGACAUUAGGCCUAUUCCAGAUAAGGAAUUUGUGGAGACCUACAUAAAAGCUUAUUAUCUGACUGAAAAUGACAUGGAGCGCUGGAUCAAGGAGCAUAGGGAAUAUUCCACCAAGCAGUUGACCAAUCUGGUGAAUGUUUGUCUGGGAUCACACAUCAACAAAAAAGCAAGACAGAAACUGCUAGCAGCAAUUGAUGACAUAGACAGACCUAAAAGAUAAUUGGGGAAAGUUCCUUUUCUUGUGAUUUGAACCUUCUUCUGUUAAUAUGCUGCAUGCAAACCAAUCUCUCGUGGACUACUGAGGACAUUCUGUUAACAAAAAUAUUGUGCAUGGCCUUUCUUAUUUGUGUUGGAAACGCUUUCAAUCAGUCUGCUAUUCUCAAAUGUAACUUUUAUAACCUCUAGUCUUUGUUUCUUUUGUUAUUUUCCUGUACUAGAAAGACACUAUUGUGCCGGUUGUUCAGCUGUAUAUUUUGCAAAAGUGUAUACUAUAAGUAAAUCAAAAUUACAAGGAAACACAUUGGCUUACUAUAUAGAUGGUACAUUUUUGGUCAAAGAACCACUUAAAAUGUGAUACUUCAUCUUACGCCCUUCCACCUUUGGAACUUGUGUUUUAUUAUGAACACAUGUAAAGUGAAGGAAAAUGUACAGUCUUUUCUAAUGAUGAACCUUGUAUGUGGAUUAAGAGGGCAAAUCAGCAAAUUAAUAUUGUAAUAUCAAGCCCAUAGUCUUCAUAUAGAUUUUAAAUGUAAGUUUAUUUCAAAAUUGUCAUAUCAAAAUAAUUGACCAGAAAUUAUGGGAAGGUAAUAAAUACUGUACACUAAUAUGAAUUGAUUUGUGAGAAUUCUUUUGCUAGUUUUUACAACAUACUAUGUAGUUUACAAGAAAAAUUAGUACAGUUCCCUCAUAAGCCCCUUCCCCCUCUUCCUCUUUCCCACACAAUAAUACUAGGAAGUAGCAGGAAUAACAUGCUGGCUAGAAUACGGGCCUAGGGUCAGCUGGGUUCUACUCCCUGCUUUGCCACAGACUUCCUGGGUGAUGAUGGGCAACUCAAAGUCCGUCCCUCUGGAGCAGUCCUCAACUAGUGUAAGUUGUCCUAGCACCGUGGACAUCAAUGAAGUUGUGACGGUUUAUGCCAAAUGAGGGUCUGCCCUUCUGUACCCCUGUUUCCAUAUCCGUAAAAUGAGAAUACUUCCCUGCCUCACAGGUGUUGUCUGACUAAAUCAUUACAUACCCAGAAGGUGCUCAGAUAAGGACAGACCCAUACAAGAAUCAAGAUAGAGACUAAGUUGACUAGAAUAAAAACUGUGUCAAUGAAUAGUGAGACUUAAUAAACUCUGACCCAAAUCAGUAAAUAUUUAACUCCAUGUAUUAAUUUUAGACUUGGCUGAAUUCUAUUUUAAUACACAUUAAUUCAUGUGAUGUGGCAAGAGUUUCUGCCUCAACUUUGUACUUCAUGUUAAACCCUUAAUUCUACACAAAAGUGUCAGUAGAUAUGGAAGCACAGUAGUAGUUAGACACCUUUGUCAAAAAUUGUAUAUGAGCGAAUUGUUACUUUUAUUGUUAACCUUGCUUUGGAAAGAAAAGAGUGAGCAUCUGUGUAGGAAUUCAGAAGAAGAAUGAAUUUUAUAGUCUAAAUAAAAUUUUGGAACUUUAAAAUUUCA